GGGUUUCCCCAGGCCUUCCAUCCUCGCCUCUUAUUUUUUUUUUUAUCACCAGACCCUCCAGAGAAUAACCUGGGGUUGUCCGUGGUUUAGAACCACGUUACUCAUUCUGAACGGUCUUAUUCUAUACACCAUCUGCUCUUUUGUCAGGAAUCCACCAUGGGUGUGAUUCGUCUACCACGUCCAACGGGUGUUUACGUGCCUACUUCUCCUGCUCGCAGUCUUACAACCGAUAUGAUCUCUAGCCCCCUUUCUCCUGACUUUACCUUUGACUCGGAGACUCUUCCUCCUUCAAUUCUCCCCGCCCUCGAGUACAUCUCCUACAAGCUCGAACAGAAGAUGAUGCAUGCCACGUUGCUAGUGGGUCGUGGAAAGCCAUAUCCCACCGGCGAACCAUCCGACCUUAUGGUAAUUCCCAUCGAGGAGCUUGACCAACAAACUUGGCGCACCGUCUACCGCGCCGUGGUCAAAGCCGCCAGCAAGUUCUCACUGGGUCAGAGCUGGACCGACGCCCUAAACCGCAGUCAAUACGAGCGCCAGGCCAACGAGUACCUGGUCCAACAGUCGAUUAUGCAGAACGAGGUCAUUUUCAGCCGAGAAGGCCUCACGCUGCUCAAUGUAGACCGAAUCUACACAUUCAAACGCCGGCUGUGCAUCCUUUCCAAUCAAGGCAAAAAUCCCGAAGCGUCCUGCGUCACAUCCUGCGUGCAGCUCCUGCAUCGUACCAUUGGGGAUUUUCAGGGUCGCCCGUUCAGUAAAGCAUUCUUCCACCGUGUAUAUGAACAGCUCGACGUGCGAGAUGAACUCCUGACCCACAUUGCCCAAACUUAUAAGAAACAAUUCGGCCAGGAAGGGAUUAUCUUGCCGCCGCGGGCACGGGCUGAGCAUAGCAGCCGGAACUCCCCGAAGCGCACCGUUCGGGCGCGCAUGGAGGCCAAUCCCCCGAGAUAUAGGGCUGUUCCGGCAAAGCGGGGACCCAAGACCCCACAAUCUGCUUCUGAUGUUACCCCGAUUACGAGGAACGAGUGGAACAUACUCAAUUCCAAUCUGCAACAGACUAAGCCCACCGUCACCAAAUGGACACCGUCGCCAACUGUUCUCGCCGCCGCUUGAUUUGGGGAAUGGAGAGCUAGAUGUCGGUUGGCAUCACAUGCUUAACCCUUACUUUCCUACUCCCGAGUCGAAAGACUGUAGGGUGUUCUGCUUCGUUGCGGCUAGAACAUUCCGAGAUGGUUCGUAACCAUUCAUCAU